AUGGCCGUGGCGCUGGAGGAAGUAUGGGGGCGGGUCAAGAAUGUCUGCAAGCAAAACGGUCUCCUCAUCCUGUCCGUGCUGGCCGUGGUCAUUGGCUGCCUGCUCGGUUUCUUCCUGAGAGGCAAGCAGCUGUCCGAACAGGAGGUCAAAUACUUUCAAUUUCCUGGAGAACUUCUAAUGAGGAUGUUGAAAAUGCUCAUCUUGCCGCUCGUCGUUUCCAGUUUGAUGUCUGGUCUGGCUGCCCUGGAUGCCAAAUGCUCCAGUCGACUGGGCAUCAUGACCAUUUCCUACUACCUCUGGACCACCUUUGUUGCUGUGGUGGUGGGCAUCAUCAUGGUCUACAUCAUCCACCCCGGAGGAGCCGCUCAGAAAGAGGACUCGGAGGAGGGCAAGAAGCCCAUGACCAGCUCGGCCGAUGCUCUCCUGGAUCUCAUCCGCAACAUGUUUCCGGCAAACUUGGUUCAAGCUACAUUUCAACAGUAUCGAACCCGGAGAGAACCCGAAUUCAUCCCCAAACCGACAGUGGCUCAGCUCCUGGAUGAGACCACCACUCGGCGAGUCUACAUCUACGGCAUCCAGGACGACAACGGUAGCGACGUCCAGAACUUUUCUCUGGAUCUGACGCCACCGCCGGACGUCAUCAUGAAGACGUCGGCGGGUACGAGCGAGGGCAUGAACGUGCUGGGCAUUGUCAUUUUCUCCGCCACCAUGGGGAUCAUGUUGGGGAGAAUGGGGCCCAACGGAAGCGCUUUAGUCAACUUCUGUCAGAGCUUGAACGAAGCUGUCCUCAAGAUCGUUGCCAUAGUCAUCUGGUACUUUCCCUUCGGUAUCGUUUUCCUGGUGGCCGGGAAAAUCUUGGAGAUGGACGAUCCGUCGGCCAUGGGGAAGAAACUGGGAUUUUAUGCCAUCACGGUAGUCAUGGGCUUGGUGCUGCACGGUCUUUUCAUCCUGCCGGCCAUGUAUUUCUUUAUCACCAAGAAGAGCCCCAUUGUUUACAUCCGAGGAAUUCUGCAGGCCCUACUUAUUUCCUUGGCCACUUCCUCCAGCUCUGCCACGCUGCCUAUCACCUUCAAGUGCCUCCUUGAAAACAACCACAUCGACAGACGCAUCAUCCGCUUCGUGCUUCCCGUGGGAGCCACCAUCAACAUGGACGGCACCGCCCUCUACGAGGCGGUGGCGGCCAUUUUUAUAGCCCAAGUCAAUAACUACGAGCUCGACUUUGGACAAAUCAUCACCAUUAGCAUUACUGCCACGGCAGCCAGCAUCGGUGCAGCAGGAAUCCCACAAGCUGGAUUGGUUACCAUGGUGAUCGUGCUGACAUCUGUUGGUUUACCCACCGAUGACAUCAGUCUCAUCAUUGCUGUUGACUGGGCUUUGGAUCGAUUCAGGACCAUGGUCAACGUGAUGGGCGAUGCCCUGGCCACGGGCAUCAUGGCUCACAUCUGCAGAAAAGAUUUUAUUAAAGAAGGCGAACAGGUGAGAGUACCGCUGAUCUGCGAGACCAAGCCCAUGAUCAGCAUCCAGCAGAUGAUGAGCUACCAGAACCAGAAGAACGGCUGUUACCAAGCGCCUCCGGCGGGCGGCAAGCACGGGCACCUUUCCCCGGACGUGGCCCGCCUGAUCCAGUUGGAGGAGGGCAUCCGACCCCUAGAGAAGAAGAAGCACGCUCACUCCUCCCACCACAAGAGAGGCCACAGGGACAAGGAGCACUGCUCCAUCGACAUCAACGGUCUGGAGACCAACGUGUAGAAGACAUCCGAGCCAGCGCUCGGACGCCGGGCCGGCGCCGUCCUCCCGCGAUGCGAUUGAGGUCCAACGGCUCUAACGAGAGCCAAGUGCGAAGUGAAUCGAUGCGCUCACGUGUUGAGCAAUCCGAUAGAAUACAAAAACUUUUUUUUUCUUUUUCUAAUAACCACGUGCGUAUAUAUGAUAUAUGAUUGGAUACCGGUUGCGAGGCCGUCUUUGGGCUUUUUCAGUUCCGUUGCUCUUUUUAUACAAGGGUGAGUCAGCUCAAAAGGGCAAGGAAGGCAGUACAAUAGAGCUUAUUUGAGAUAUAAUUAUAAACUUCCGCCCAAUCCCUCUGUGGACUGUGGAAAAAUAAAACCACUAGCA